GUGAUGGAGGAGUUCCAUCCACGUCCCGCCUCUCAUGACUAUUUGAGUGCGGACAAAAAGCCCCCGUCCUCCAGUCCCGGUCCGCCGCCCACAGCCGCUUUUCCUCGCUCUCCGACCGGCCUCUCCUCGUCUCUGUCCGGCCCUCCCCGCUGCAGGAUGAGCGCGGCGGCGGCAGACGGCUGCUUUCUGUCCGCCCUGCAGCCCAACUCCUCCCGCACAGCCUACGUGGUUCCCUCCGAUGGUCGGUGUUCGGACGAGGGGGCCAAGGCCCGGAGGGUCCAAGAGCAGGUCCGACUGCGGCUGGCCGAGAAGAAGUCGUCGUCCCUGCCCAGGUUGGACGACUCUCUGCUCGGAUCAACAGAAUACACCCUGCCCGCUGCAAGAGGCUUCAGCUCCAGAUCCAUGAUACACACGCCGAGCCGCGUCAUGGCUGUCGCCACCAUGCCGUCCUCUGGCUUCUCCUCCGGCUUCUCCUCUCGCUCUGCCGUGGAGACCUCCUCCAAGGUGCGAGCCAGUGUGGCCCAAAGCUUCCAGGCCGUGCAGACCCACAGCAGGAGCAGACGCUCCAAGUCGCUGUGCCAGGCAGACCAGGGGGGGCCUCCUCUGCCGGUUCCCUCGGAGAACAUCCCACCCCCUUCCAGCACCUUGAGGCGCACCCUAAGUGGGACUCUGGCCCAGGGGCGGGGCUACUGGCAGGAAGAGGAGCUGCUGCCUCACUUCACCUACAAAGGCCCCUCCCACCGGACCAUCACCCGCAUUGCCAACCGCCAGCAGCACUACCAGCACCACAACUCCGCCUACAGCCAGGACGGAUGGGCGGGGCCGCCACGAGGGGACGGCUGGGCGGGGCCGCAGUGGCAUGUGCCGAGGACUGGCCUCGGUUUGGGGGUGGGUCAGUACCAAACCUCCAUGCAGCGAGCGCCAUCUCUACGCAGCGUCAGGAGCGUGGGAAAGGGGAUGGACGUCCUGGAUGGAGCAUCCAUACACAGCAACGAGCAGCUGGGGGGGAUGCAAGCACUGGACAUGCACACGGCCAUCAGAUAUUUGUCCCAGCCGGACGUCGCCCUGCAGAUCCUCGGAGCCGCUUACAUUCAACACCAGUGUUACCAUAGCAACCAUGCCAAAAACCAGGUCCGAGUUCUGCAAGGUAUCCCUGCUCUGAUCCAACUUUUCUCCAGUGACAACCUGGAAGUGCAGCGCUUUGCCACCGGCGCCACCAGGAACAUCAUCUACGAGAACACCGACAACAAGGCGGCGCUCAUCGACGGGGGAGGCGUGGCACGCCUGGUGAGCAUCAUGGCUGAACCUGAUGAGGAGCUUCGAAAGAACGUCACAGGGGUGUUAUGGAAUCUGUCAUCCAGAGACAACCUGAAGGAGAAACUAUGUAGAGAAGCUUUGUCAGACCUCAGCAACAAAGUCCUGAUUCCUCUUUGUGGAAGCAUCCCACUCAGCCCGUCUGAGAAGGACGUCUUCAGCAACACCACAGGAUGCUUCAGAAACCUGAGUUCAGUGAAUCAGAGGACCAGGGAGAAGAUGAGAGACACUCCAGGUCUUGUGGACUCCCUGGUCUCCUACAUCCAACAGGAAGUGAGUGCGGAGGACAAGGGUCUGGAGAACUCACUCUGCAUUUUGAGGAACCUGUCCUACCAGCUCUACUCGGAGCUCCCUACCUCAGUCCGAAUCCGCCUGGAGGGUCCGACCAGAGGCUCCGCCCCCAGAGACAGGGACAACGAGGCCAUUGGCUGCUUCACCAUGUACAACAAGAAGAGCACAGAGCACCAGCGUAACCAGAGUCUGGCCAUCCUGUCUGAGGUGUCCCGGGAGCCGAGGGGUGCGGAGUGGCUGUGGCACCCCAAGGUGGUGGCCUUGUACAAGCAGGUUCUGCAGAACCGCGAGAGCAGCUCCAUCAGUAGAGAAGCGGCCAUCGGAGCCCUGCAGAACAUCACAGCCGGAGAUGGCAGGUGGGCGUCGGUGCUGAGCUUGGUGGUGCUGGAGCAGGAGAGGAUGGUGCCCACGCUCCUCGACCUGCUGGACACCAACAACGAGGGGGAGCUACGACCUCUCACCGCCCUCCUGAGGAACCUGGCCAGACACGCCCCCAACAAGGACCUGCUAGCCAAGAACAUGGUCAACGUCCUCGUGUCCAAGCUGCCCAACGAUGGCCUCCAGAAGACACCAUCCAGCGAGGUGGUAGUCAACAUCUGCGGCGCCCUCAACCACCUGGUCACCUUUAGCUCCCUGGCAGCCCGGGACAUCUCGUACUUCAACGGCCUGCCCAAGCUGGUGGGCAUCAAGGCGUCCCAUGACGGCAGCUCCGGAGGUCUAAAGGCUGCCAGAGCUGCGUCCACCGUCCUCUGCAACAUGUUCCAGUACAGCAAGCUGCACAAGGACUACAAAUUGAAAGGAUUUGCUCGCCGAGACUUUGCAGACGCCACCAUCUAAGCUGCCGUGUCGGCCUCCCUUCGGUGCCAGAGGCUGCUGCGUGUUUGGCAGAGAUGACGACAACGACCCAAAUGCGACGCAAAUACAGGAAGAUGCUGACUAAAGUGGAUCCAAGCCAAUACAACCAUUUUUGCUGUUUUUUAAACUAGCAGUGUUAAUUAGAUAGAUAGACAGACAAAGCGAGAGAGAGAGAGGUAGGUAGGUGGGAAGGAAGGAAGGAAUGAAGGAAGGACGGAAGAAAUGAAGGAAUGGAGGAAGGAAGGAAGGCUGUAUUUCAAUUGCUUAGCAAUUGCCGUUGUCAGGACCUAAGUAGCCAGUGUACAUAGUAUGCUUAGUGAAGUGGAAGUGAACUGAAAUACAGCCUCUCACAACCCGGUGAAAGUAUUUGAACUAACUCUUUCUCACUCACAGCCAUCAUUGGUGUAGUGUGCAUGCCGGGCCACUAGGGCGGCGCUGUUACAUAGCAUCGGCUGUACUUUAUGAAGUUCGACAUGAUGAAGUAUACUUUUUGGCAACACUAGAAAACAUCACCAUCGCUCAGGCAAGUGUACUAACUACCUAACUAACCUUGGAACAUGUUUGAUUAGUUUUAAAGCUCUUAGAGGCGGUCGCCAUCUCAGCAAGUUAAUUACACGAGGUCAAUUAAAUGUGUCGAUCGUCAUUAGCAUUCCAAACGACUGGGAAGUCCGAAAAUAUU